UAAAUAGAUAGAGUUAGGAGAUGGUGUAGCUCAUUCAUGUUCAUCUCAAUGUCAGCUCUACACACUCCCUUCACUCACAUUCCCUACAAUCAUUAUUCACUCUUCACAAAUAGAGUUUAUUACGCUUCUACAUUCCCCCCUCCAAUAACACUCCGCCACCUCCCCAAAUUAACAUUCUCUGCUUCUUCUUCUUCUGUUCUCCCUACUGUUGUUGAUAAUGGAAGCCACAACGUCGAACAAGAUUCAAAGAAAGAUAAUCAAUUUGUGGAUGAAAAAGAGAUGACGAGAAGAAUGAGAAUAGGACUAGCUAACAAAGGAAAAGCACCUUGGAAUAAGGGAAGGAAACACACUGCAGAGACCCGUGAACUCAUCAGGAUUAGAACGAUAGAAGCUUUGAAAGACCCCAAGGUGAAGUCAAUGUUUUAUUAUGUUCCUUCCUCUAAGAAAUUUCAGGUGAAGAAGAAGAUGGCUGAACAUGCACGUUCUCAUCAUAGCAAUCAAAUCAAGGCAAAGAUAAGUUAUUCACAGAGACGUGCAUGGAAAGAGCGGCAGAAGUCAAAGCUUGUGCGGGAGCUAUUUUUUCUCUUAUGGGAACAAAACAUAGCAAAUGCAGCCAUGAAAGGAGGGAGUGGUCAGGAAGAGUUAGAUUGGGACAGCUAUGAUAAGAUAAAAGAACAACUGGAGCUCCACCGAAUUUCGCAAUUAGAGGGAAAGGAAAGAGAAAAGCUGAUGGCAAUUGCUAGAGCAGAGAAAUUCAUUCAGUCUUGGAUGGAAAACAUAGCCAAAGCAGCCAAGGAAGGAGGGAGUGAAGAAAAAGAACUAGAUUGGGAUAGCUACGAAAAGAUAAAAGAAGAAUUGCUUCUCCUUUAUCAGCUUCGACGUAAAUCAGAGAAGGAAAAAGCCAAAGAGAUUGCAAAAAUAAAAGCUGAUAAAGAAGCACAGAUAAAAGCAAUAAAAAAGGUAAUGCUUACUCAAAAGAAAAGAGAUCUCCGAGAGAGGACUAAAGCCAGAGAGAAAGAAAAGAGUCAACCAUACAAAAAUGCAGCGCAAGACAAACAUGCUUUGGAAGUUACCUACAAAUUCAAACUUGGCUCUAAAUUAACUGAACAUCAUGUUAGUAACAACAUCAGCAAUGAAGUAGCUGAAAAAGGAGACAUUAUGAAUUCAAAUUUUGCAACUCACGGUAAAUUGGAUUUAGAGCUUAUCAUAAGAGAGAAAAUGCAGAAAAAAGUAUCACUUGCAGAACAGAUCCAAGCUGCUAAACUCAUAAAGGGGAAGCUCAACUAAUAAGACAUUUCUUGCAUUCUAAGUUCUAACUAACUACUUAUUAUGUAUGUAUUUAUAGUUUGUAUCUUGUGGCUACAUAGUUGAUGAGGCAUAUGUAAACUGAGAAACUGGUCUGAGUAGUUUAAUAUCAUGAUUUAUGUACUUAAACUUGGUUUUGGAUUUCA